AUGAUGGAGAACAGGACUGAAGUGACACACUUCCUUCUGCUGGGACUCACUGAUGAUACAAACCUACAGCUUCCCCUCUUUAUCACCUUCCUAUUAAUCUACACUAUCACCCUGGUGGGGAACCUUGGGAUGAUCCUGUUGAUUCUCAUGGACUCUCGGCUCCACACUCCCAUGUACAUUUUUCUAUGUAACCUUUCUCUGACUGACUUUUGUUGCUCUUCAUCAGUCACUCCAAAAGUCAUGGUUGGUUUCCUUAAAGGAGACAAGGCCAUUUCCUAUAAUGACUGUGCUACUCAGAUGUUCUUUUUUGCAGCCUUUAUUACUGUGGAAAAUUACCUUUUGGCAUCAAUGGCCUAUGAUCGUUAUGCAGCAGUAUGUAAGCCCCUACACUAUGCUACCACCAUGACUACAAGUGUCUGCACAAGGUUGAUCAUUGGUUCUUAUGUCAUUGGUUUUCUGAAUGCCUCCAUCCACAUUGGAGACACAUUCUGGCUCUCUUUCUGUGAGUCUAAUGUGGUCCAUCACUUUUUCUGUGAUAUACCAGCAGUCAUGGUUCUCUCUUGCUCUGACAGACAGGUCAGUGAGCUUGUUCUUGUUUAUAUAGUGAGCUUCCACAUAUUUUUUGCCUUCAUAGUUAUUUGGAUAUCCUACACAUUCAUUUUUAUCACCAUCCUGAAGAUGCAUUCUACUGUAGGACAUCACAAGACUAUGUCCCCCUGUGCCUCCCAUUUCACUGCAGUCUCCAUUUUCUAUGGAACUGGUAUUUUUAUGUAUGUACAGCCCAGUUCCAGUCACUCCAUGGACACUGACAAAAUUGCCUCUGUGUUCUACACCAUGGUCAUCCCCAUGCUGAAUCCUCUGGUCUACAGUCUGAGGAACAAAGAGGUCAAGAGUGCAUUCAAAAAGAUUUUUCUGGAGGCAAAAUUUUUGCGACUUUGA